GUGAGAUGAAACGUCAUCCAAAAAGCAGGAUGCAUCAAAUUUGAACAAGGUCAGCAGCUAAAUUUCCUCCCCUCUUAUUGCUAAAUUGUUUUUGGAGAGGAAACGAACAGGUGUGAUAGUCACUGUUUCUGGCAGGAGCCGUGCAGAUCAGAAUGGAAGAAAAGACAACAGAAGCGGUUGUGUUUCCCUGUGGUUCAUGAGGACAGAACAAGACAAAGGGCUCUCAGAGGACCACCUAGAGAUGAGAGGCUGUCCUCCUCUACAGGGCACAAGUUCGUAGCAGGACUGUACUUUGCUCGCUUGGAACUUUAAAGGUGGCGAAGGGGUGAAGAGUAUAACAAUGAGCUCACUCUGAGCACAGCACUGCAUUUCACCAUCGUCACGCCUGCCUUCAGGAUGAACUCGUGAUGCAGGCAGGACCGCAGGGGGAAGGAAAAAAAUGUUGUGUUUUUAAAUCCAAAGGACUCUUCUUUGUCAGAAUUCAGGCACCCCUCCUUAACCGUGAGGUGGUUUUACCCAAGCGAGCUGAUCCAGCUGAGCUGAAGUCCAUAUUUUUGAAGUAUGCAAGUAUUCAGAAAAACGAUGACCGGUUCAUGUCCCCUGAAGAUUUCGUGGCUCAUUUUCUUCAUGCGCGCACGGACAUGAAACUGUCCCUGAAGGCUGUGGAGCUGCUGGCAGGGGUUGUGGAUCAGACAAAAGAUGGGAUGAUUUCUUUUCAGGAGUUCCUGGCAUUUGAGUCAGUGCUGUGUGCACCAGAUGCCCUGUUUCUGGUCGCUUUCCAGCUGUUUGAUAAAACAGGCAAUGGGGAGACAACUUUUGAGGAUGUGAAGCAGGUUUUCAGCCAGACCACAAUUCAUCAGCACAUUCCGUUUAACUGGAAUUCGGACUUCAUGCAGCUGCACUUUGGCAGGGAUCACAAGAAGCACCUCACAUACUCUGAGUUCACACAGUUUCUCCUGGAAAUGCAGCUUGAGCAUGCAAGACAAGCAUUUUUACAGAGGGAUAAAGCCAAGACUGGAACCAUCACAGCACUGGAUUUCAGGGACAUUAUGGUCACAAUCCGACCUCACAUGCUGACGCCAUUUGUAGAAGAGUGCCUAGUUGCUGUUGCUGGUGGCACUGCUUCCCACCAGGUCAGCUUUUCCUACUUUAAUGGCUUUAAUUCUCUGCUGAACAACAUGGAACUCAUUAGGAAGAUCUACACAACACUGGCUGGCAGUAGGAAAGAUGUUGAAGUCACUAAAGAGGAGUUUAUUCUAGCAGCUCAGAAAUUUGGGCAGGUGACCCCCAUGGAGGUAGACAUUCUGUUCCAGCUGGCUGACCUGUCCAGACCACGUGGGCGUGUUGGGUUAGCAGACAUUGAAAGAAUUGCACCAUUAGAAGAAGGGACUCUACCAUACAACCUGGCAGAGGCACAGAAGCAGCAGUCUGCGGGAGAUGUGUCUCGGCCUAUUCUGGUCCAGGUAGCAGAGUCAGCCUACAGGUUUUCUCUUGGUUCAGUUGCUGGAGCAGUCGGAGCCACUGCUGUCUAUCCAAUCGACCUGGUGAAAACCCGCAUGCAGAACCAGAGAACUUCGGGCUCCUUUGUGGGAGAGCUGAUGUACAAGAACAGCUUUGAUUGCUUCAGGAAAGUUCUGCGCUAUGAAGGCUGCUUUGGCCUGUACAGAGGCCUUUUACCACAGCUCCUGGGUGUGGCACCAGAAAAAGCCAUUAAACUUACAGUGAAUGAUUUUGUGAGAGGGAAGUGUAUUCAGAGAGAUGGCUCUGUUCCGGUGAUGGCAGAAAUUCUUGCGGGGGGUUGUGCUGGGGGCUCGCAGGUCAUCUUUACAAACCCUCUGGAGAUCGUGAAGAUCCGCUUGCAGGUGGCUGGGGAGAUCACGACCGGACCACGAGUCAGCGCACUGUCAGUCAUAAGAGACCUGGGCUUCUUUGGGCUCUAUAAGGGUGCAAAGGCCUGCUUUCUGCGCGAUAUUCCUUUCUCGGCCAUUUACUUCCCCUGCUACGCUCACGCCAAAGCUGCUUUUGCUGAUGAGGACGGUCAAGUGGGCGCUGGGAGUCUGCUGCUUGCGGGAGUCUUAGCUGGUAUGCCUGCAGCCUCCUUAGUGACACCUGCUGACGUAAUCAAGACAAGGUUACAAGUGGCAGCUCGGGCCGGACAGACCACUUACACCGGCGUCACUGACUGCUUCCGCAAGAUCCUCAGAGAAGAGGGUCCCAGGGCUUUCUGGAAAGGCGCUGGAGCCCGAGUGUUCCGCUCCUCCCCUCAGUUCGGUGUCACACUUCUUACCUAUGAGCUGCUGCAGAGGUGGUUUAAUGUCGACUUUGGCGGACACAAACCGAGUGGCACCGAACCCUGUCCUAAACCUCGAAUCAGCCUGCCAGAACCGAAUCCAGAUCACGUUGGAGGUUUUAAGUUGGCCUUGGCUACGUUUGCUGGAAUCGAAAGAAAGUUUGGACUCCAGUUGCCCCGUUUUGAGGCGCCAGUGCCCUCGUUGCCAGCUCGGUCUUAAUGGCCUGGGAGAUCAGCACUGGUUUCCAGUCGCACACCGAACCCAGCAGUCACUUGGCUGCACUGUUUCAGCUGCUGGGGCAUCAGAGAGCUUCCUUUCAACUCAAUACUGUGAAUUCAUAUUGUGGCUAUUCUAAUAUUCAUUUCUUAAAAAGAACUGGAAUAUAGUUAAUAACAUGCUGUAUUUUAAUCCUUACUGUUAUUUAUUCCAGGUGUAGUAUGAGACCUAUUUAAGGAACUCAUUUAUAUUCUUUUCUUUUCUGAUAUUUCUGAACACUGUGCUGCUGGUAGAGCUGCCUCCCUGCCUUAGUCACCAGGCAUAGCCCAUGUCCUGUUAAAAGUGCGUUGGGUGACUGAUAAGCCAAUAAUACUUGUAUUAACAAGACAGUACGGCAUUGAUGCUGUUAAGAUAAAGAAUGAUAAUGAUGAUGAAUUGUCAAGUGUUUACUAGAAUGUCUUUCAUAUGCAUAAGAGAACAUGUCUCAUAGCCCUUGAGCCAGAACCCAGCUCUGUUAAUAGACUGAUAAUGUUGCUGUUCUUAAAGAAGCUGGGAUGUAAUUUGCUUCAGUGGUGAAAAUAAAACCAUGUCAAGCAAGCAGUACAAGGACAUCUCAAGCAUGAUAAGUAAGGCCUGAGAAAAGAAAAGUAUAUUUCUGAACCUCUCAUCGACUUGUCUUUGUCACUGUUCUGUUAGGCAUGUGAGUCAUUUGUGUUAAACUGUGAAUGAUAAAAAACGUUUAAAAAGUAAACUUAAUCAUUUAACCACUUGAAUAUAUAUUAAUUUUUAAUUGUCAAUCAAAAAAUGUUUUUGUUUUUAAUGUCUUUCUUAGCCUUUUAACAUUUCUAGCAAUAUCAUUUUCGUCUUUUUAACACAAUAAAAAAUGUCUGACAUCCUGAUGUACCACAUGAGAUGAUUUCAUUGGUUUGUUAGUGAAGAAUUUCCCAGCACUGAUCAUGGAGAUGCCAAACAUACUCCCGUUCCUUUUUUCUUAAUUGACAUCUUAUUGAAGCAAGUGGCUUGAUUAGAACCUUUUUCAUGCUUUUUUUCCUACUCUGUGUUCGAAGGUAAGCUCCAAGAUAUGUAUACAGUUUUAAGAGCACAGCCUGGAAUGAAGGGCUCCCCUCACCAGUACUGAUACUGUGCCAGUCAGGCUUGCUGGUUGCCACAGUUAGACUCUUCUAGCUCUGUCCUCUAAUAUACGAAGGGAUAUCACACUGUUGAAGGACUUUAUUAAUGAGGGUACCAAGCUGCCUGAUUUAUGGCAGUACUUCAAUGAAUACACACCUCCAGAAGCACAGAUAAAACAGCCCACUUUGGAGCCCUCACUAAACGUUUAUACACUGGGGCUAGCCCACUUACCAACCCAAACCACUGUCAGGCAGAACAUAAAAAAUAUCUUAUUAGUCAUCUUAUUCCAACGGCUUACUACUACUCCAACUGCUGUUUUCCUCUCUUUUCCCUAUGGAUUCUGGAAGUCACUGCUCAACCUGCUCUCCACACAGACCUGAGCUUUGUCCUCAAAAGACACAUGAGCUGAGCCUGCCACACCCUUAUAUACACACCAAGGCGUGCUCAGUAGGGAAGGGAUGUGCCAUGUAAACUAAGAUAGCCAUCUUGGUAGUUCUGUGGCCUCCCGGGAGUAGCAGAUAUUCUCAACACUGUUGAAACAAGAACGACUGGAAUCCUUCUGGGAAAGGCAAUACCAACAUAAGAAAAAGGCCACCUGGCCUAACUAGCUUAUUGCAUUGCUAGAAAUUAAAUCGGAGCAUCUCACUCAGCUGUUUCUUGAAAGCAUCCAGUGUAUCAGUUUCACCAAAAUAACUGCGCAGCUUGUUCCAGGCUCUAUGUAUAACAAAAUGCCUCGUGUUGUCAGUUGUAAACGUACUUCCCUAUAGUUUCCACCCAUGGUUUGUUUUUCUUUUAGUUCUCAUGAGCAAUGGGUUGACUGUUAAUUACCUUUGAGGAUUUUUCCACUAAUGGAACCAGGUUCUCUAGUACUUUUCCUCUGUUUAAGAUUAAAAUGAUUACAUUCUUUUUAGCCUUUCGGUGUAG